AGAGCUCACGCGCCGUACGGAAGUGUGCUCUGGCGCACCGGAAGCUGCCGGAAGAGAGCGAUGGCGGGUUUGACGGUGAGAGACCCUGCGGUGGAUCGUUCUCUGCGUUCGGUGUUCGUGGGGAACAUUCCAUAUGAGGCUACUGAAGAGCAAUUAAAGGACAUCUUUUCUGAGGUUGGACCUGUUGUUAGUUUCAGGUUGGUAUAUGAUAGGGAGACAGGAAAGCCAAAGGGUUAUGGCUUCUGUGAAUACCAGGACCAGGAGACAGCACUUAGUGCCAUGCGAAACCUGAAUGGGCGUGAAUUCAGUGGGAGAGCACUUCGAGUGGACAAUGCUGCCAGUGAAAAGAACAAAGAAGAGCUGAAGAGCCUUGGCACUGGUGCCCCUGUCAUUGAGUCACCUUAUGGAGAGACCAUCAGUCCUGAGGAUGCCCCUGAGUCUAUUAGCAAAGCAGUUGCCAGUCUUCCACCAGAGCAGAUGUUUGAGCUGAUGAAACAAAUGAAGCUCUGUGUCCAGAAUAGUCCCCAGGAAGCACGGAACAUGUUGCUUCAGAACCCUCAGCUGGCUUAUGCGUUGCUACAAGCACAGGUAGUGAUGAGAAUUGUGGAUCCAGAGAUUGCCCUGAAAAUUCUGCAUCGCCAGACAAAUAUCCCAACGCUGAUUGCAGGCAAUCCUCAGCCAGUUCACAGUGCUGGGCCUGGCUCAGGAUCCGCUGUGUCAAUGAACCAGCAGAAUCCUCAGGCCCCUCAGGCCCAGUCUUUGGGUGGAAUGCAUGUCAAUGGUGCACCUCCUCUGAUGCAAGCUUCUAUGCAGGCUGGAGUUCCAGCACCAGGGCAGAUACCAGCGGCUGUGACGGGACCUGGUCCUGGUUCCUUGGCUCCUGGAGGAGGAAUGCAAGCUCAGGUUGGAAUGCCAGGGAGUGGACCAGUGUCCAUUGAGCGGGGACAAGGAACCCUACAGCACUCGCCCGUGGGACCCGCCGGGCCUGCAUCAAUUGAGCGAGUUCAAGUGCCAAUGCAGGACCCCAGAGCAGCUAUGCAGCGUGGGCCCUUGCCUGCCAACGUCCCAACUCCUCGAGGUCUGUUAGGAGACGCUCCAAAUGACCCACGUGGAGGCACUUUACUUUCUGUAACUGGAGAGGUAGAGCCUAGAGGUUACCUGGGACCACCUCAUCAGGGUCCACCCAUGCACCAUGUCCCUGGCCAUGAUAGCCGUGGCCCGCCCCCACAUGAGAUGAGGGGAGGGCCCUUAGCUGAGCCCAGACCUCUAAUGGCAGAGCCAAGAGGACCCAUGCUAGAUCAGAGGGGUCCACCCUUGGAUGGCAGAGGUGGAAGAGAUCCCCGAGGCAUAGAUGCACGAGGGAUGGAGGCACGAGCCAUGGAGGCUAGAGGAUUAGAUGCCAGAGGAUUAGAGGCCCGUGCAAUGGAAGCCCGAGCGAUGGAGGCCCGCGCGAUGGAGGCCCGUGCGAUGGAGGCCCGCGCGAUGGAGGCCCGUGCAAUGGAAGUCAGAGGGAUAGAGGCCAGAAGUAUGGAUACAAGGGGCCCAGUCCCUGGCCCUAGAGGCCCUAUGCCUAGUGGAAUCCAGGGUCCCAGUCCAAUUAACAUGGGAGUAGUUGGCCCCCAGGGAUCCAGACAGGUCCCAGUCAUGCAGGGAGCAGGCAUGCAAGCAGCAAGCAUUCAAGGUGGAGGUCAGCCUGGGGGCUUUAGUCCUGGCCAGAACCAGGUUACCCCACAGGACCAUGAGAAGGCUGCUUUGAUCAUGCAGGUUCUUCAGCUGACUGCAGACCAGAUCGCCAUGCUGCCUCCUGAGCAGAGGCAGAGUAUCCUGAUCUUAAAGGAACAAAUACAGAAAUCCACUGGCGCGCCUUGAAAGGUUUUCAAAAAUACCUGGCAACAAAUCGGGAAAUUAAUUCCAUAACUUUGUUGAAAUGUUGCAAAAAGAUGACUUCUGCAUCCUAACCCUUGAAUGACUCAAACUGAUUCCAGGUGGAGGAUUCCCAUCACCUCUCAGAACAAAAUCAGUUCAUUCUGUUGUCUUAGUUUGUAUAUUUUCUGUGACUUGAAAUAAACUUUGAACACAAUUUUAGUAUA